CGCAAACAUUGGCAACCAAAUCUCACAAGCGCCUAGAAAAGACAAAGUUCUCCAUGAUUUCAGAUUCAAAGAUAAGCUAAUAAUUGUCUCUCACACAUAUAAAAUAAUGAGCUUGAAGGGCAAGCAGGAGAUAUUCUCUCUGGCUUUAACUUUAUGCAAACUUCUCCGCCAUGGAGCAGAACUCUUUUUGUCUUUUGUGUGCUUGAUCUCGUUCUCACGGACAUCUGGUUCGAGUCAGACACAGGCAGGUCUCUCCCUCUCUUUCUCUCUCUCAGUUGCCUCGCUUUCUUGUUCGAUUGUUCUUGAAGCUCUUUGGCUGUCUCUGCUAAGCCAGAACCCAUAAAGAAAGCAAGAAAAAAGAGAGAAUGAAUCCAUAUUGGGCUUUCAUCGUUGAGAGCAAGCUUCUUGUUUUUCUACUGUCUCGUGAUCUUAUAUGAUGGGUGUUCGAAAUCGUGUCCAGGAGCUCUGAAGAGAGCUUGGGACAGCCUGCACAUGCUUUUGCACCCAACACCCGAGGAGGAGGAGGAGGAGGAGGAGAAGGAUUUGACUAGGCUUUGUUUCUCAUGUCAAUGUCCGAGGAAUCCCAAGUUUCGAGUGUCGGAUUUGACCCGCUUUUGAGCGGCUUGAAUGAGAAGAAGCAGAGUUUUAGGCGCAACGUGCUCUGUUUAGCAUCGGAGCUGAGGGACGUCCGAAGCCGUCUCGCGUUUCAAGAGCAAUCAUUUGCGAGAGAAGCCCUUUCGAGACAGGAAGCAGAGAGCAGGGUGAGGGAGAUGGAGGAGGAAGUGAUUGGAUUACAAAGGACAUUGGAGGAGAAGGAUGGGGAGCUUCAGGCUUCAACUUCUGCUUCUGAGAAGUGUCUCCAGGAAAUGGAUGCUCUUAAAUCACAGAUUGUGAUCACUCAAGCCACCGCAGAUGCUAGUGCUGCAUCAGCACAAUCAGCACAGCUUCAGUGCCUUGCCCUCUUAAAAGAAUUAGACGAGAAGAACUGUUCUUUAAAGGAGAAUGAGGACCGUGUUAAUAGGUUAGGUGAGCUAUUAAAUAACCUGCAGAAGGAUCUUCAAGCGAGGGAGUACUCACAAAAGCAGCUGAGGGAGGAAGUUACGAAGACCGAGCGUGAUAUUAUGGAAGCUCUUGCUAAAUCAGACUUAAGCAAGGACUCUGAACUGAGAAAAUUACUAGAUGUGGUAUCUCCAAAGAACAUCGAGAAUAUUAACAAACUUUUGGUGGUUAAGGAUGAAGAAAUAGGAAAGCUGAGGGAUGAGAUCAGGAUCAUGUCCACUCAUUGGAAGCUCAAGGCAAAGGAUUUGGAAUCACAGCUGGAGAAGCAGCGGAGAGUGGAUCAGGAGCUGAAGAAACGGGUGUUGAAGCUGGAAUUCUGUCUCCAGGAAUCCCGUUCCCAGACGCGGAAACUUCAACGGAUGGGAGAUCGGAGAGACAAAGCGCUCAAAGAUCUCAAGGAGCAAUUAAUGACGGAGCUGCACCAAAAGAGCGGUCCAAGCGGCGACAGCAAACGGAACUUCUGGGAGUCCCCCGGCUUCAAGAUAGUGGUUUCCAUGUCCAUGGUGAUCCUGGUAGUUUUCUCUAAGCGGUAAAAAUUGUCACAGAGAGAGUUCACUUGUAAAAAGGCAAAAGCGAAAAAGGGAAAAGGAUAUAACAGUUGCUGUUUUGCUCAUUUCCUUGCAGCACUGGCCAAUGCAUUUUUGUAGUUCAUAGCGAGUAUUCUAGGACGUUGAUCAUGUCUUUGGAUCGUGCCGGUGAUCCACACAGAGACUUGUUGCACAUAUGGUUAUGCUUAUGGUUAGGGCGCAGCUAGUCCAGUUGGACGAGGGCCAUGCAGACUUUCACGGAGGCUCUCUCUCCCUCAUCUUUAAUAAUUUUUUAAUCAUUGAAUGCUUUUGAAAA